AUGAACUUUCAGUUGUUUUCACGAUAUAUUUAUAAAACAAUUUUUCACAAGUCUCCUGGCUAUCAGUGGGGUCGCUUUUCCUUCGUGCCAAGCAAAGAAAAUGCACACAAGCUGCCGAAAAAUAUCAAGUUCUUUGAAUCCGCAUCUCCAGUUGCAUUGGAGCAAGUUACCAGUUCAAUGCAAAUUUACCUGGAUUUCAUCACCAAAACCGAAGAGCAAAAAUUACUAGAUGAAGUUGAACAUGUUUUGAAAAGAAUUCGCUACGAAACUAGUCACUGGGACGAUGCGAUUCACAACUAUCGAGAGACUGAACAUUUGAGAUGGAAACCAGACAACCAGAAGAUUAUUGAACGAGUGCGGCAAACGGCGUUUGCUUCAAAUGCAAAACACAUCAAGUAUGUGCACAUUCUCGAUAUUGCCAAGGAUGGAUUCAUAAAGCCUCAUGUCGACAGUGUCAGGUUUUGUGGUGAUACCAUUUCAGGAAUUUCCCUACUAUCAGAUUCGGUUAUGCGUCUCGCUCUUGAACAGGACAAAACUGUUUUCGUGGAUAUUCUGCUCAAUCGCCGAUCACUUUACAUAAUGAGAGGUGAUUCUCGCUACAAAUUCACUCAUGAGAUUUUAGAUGACAAAACUUCAUACUUUCGGGGUCAGCAUGUUCCACGAGAUCGUCGAAUCUCUGUCAUUUGUCGAAAUGAACCACCCAACGAGGAAUAA